CGCGGCGGGGCAGUUCUUGUAAAGCCUUCCUGAAGACGGGGUGUCAGGAGGUCUUUGAGAGCAUAUCACUGAGAUACUUUUCCUUUAUUUGGUUACUGUGAAAAGUGCCGUGAAUUUGUAGCUGUCUGCCACGUGUCGCUCCAGAAAUGUGUCAAGUCGCUUGGUUCAUGAUGAAACUUAUGGGGAUGGCGUGCAGAAAGGGAAAGAUAACAAUUUACUGUAAUUUCAAGAGAUAAAUUAUGUGUGUGACCAAUAAUAUAACUGACAAUCAUCAACAACGUUUCCAAAGAGGUCCAGGAGGAUGUAGUGGUAUGCAAUGAAGCUCAUGUUUAUCGUUGUGAGUCACAUGACGUCAUGAGCGAGUGGUGACCCAGCCUGGCGACGCGGUGUGACUCUGACCCUCAGUGGCCGUCUAGCAGUGUGCCCUGAGGGUUUGCACGGCACCAUGCAUCGCCGUGUGAAGCAAGUCGCGGCCGAGGAGCGCCACACCAACACGCCAUCUGACCUUUUAUCGGAGCUCCACGUCUACAUCCUGCCGCAAAGCAAAUGGAUCCCCUUCAGGAGGCUGGCCAGAAACACGGUGGUCGAGGAAACCGUGUCGGCGGGCUUCAUCAGGGUCCCCCACGACAUGACCCUGACUGACCUGAGGCAAGAACUCCGCGGUCAGCUGAUAGACGAUGACCUGCCCGAGCACUUCGUUUACAUCAAGUGUGUCGGCAGGAACUUUACACAGGUCAAGCCCCGCCAGGAGUAUGUGGUCAAAGUCAAGAACUUUCUUCCGCCUCAAGCCGAUGAGCCUGAGAUCCACAUCCUGGAGAUCAGUGAAGAGCUGCUGAGGUACGCGCCGAGCCUCUCCAACCUGAUAGCCUCCGACAAUGAGAUGUCAGACUCGCACGGCGCCAACUCAAGGCUCUCCUCAAGACUCCAACACUUCGAGCUGUUCCAGAGACACGGGAACAACCUGAAGCCCGAAGAUGCCGAGAGGAGUCAGGGCGGGGACAGUGACGGAGGCUACGAUGGGGGACAAGGGGGUAGAGGGUGGGGACAAAGCCAUGGGGGGAGGAGGUGGUUGGUGCCGGAGGACAGGUGGGGACGCUAG